AAGUAAACAAAGACCAUUGAUCCCAAACUUAAAUGUAGUGAAUAGAAAACUCUAAAAGAUCAUCAUCUUCUUGGUCAAACAAGAAAUUCUCACCUCCCAUUUAUAAUUGAUAUAUUUGCAUAUAUGCAAGUAAUUUGGUGAUUCAAAGCUCCACCUGCUCAAUAACAAUGGAAGAAGAAGUAAAGCUGCUAGGAUUUUGGGCAAGCCCAUUUGUUCAGAGAGUGAUAUGGGCUCUGAAACUGAAGGGAGUUGAGUAUGAUUACAUAGAAGAAGAUAUUUCAAACAAGAGUCAAUUGCUUCUUCAAAGCAACCCAACUCACAAGAAGGUUCCUGUGCUUGUUCAUGGCGGCAAACCCAUUUCUGAGUCUCUGGUCAUCCUUGAGUACAUCGAAGAAACUUGGCCCCAGCCUCCUCUCUUGCCUAAGGACCCUUAUGAAAGAGCUUCGGCUCGCUUUUGGAUGCAAUUUGCAGCUGGAAAGGGUCCCAGUUUUGGUGCACUCUUUACAAGCCCCACUGGUGGGGAGAAGGGAGAAAAGGCAGCAAAAGAAGUAGCAGAAGUGCUUAAAAUCUUGGAAGAAAGUCUUGGAAAUAACAAGUUCUUUGGGGGAGAGACUAUAAACAUGGUGGACAUAGCACAUGGAUGGCUGCCUCAAUGGUUCGAAUGUCAAGAACAACUUGUGGGACUCAAACUCUUGGACCCCAAAACUUUGCCUAGGCUGCAUACUUGGGUUCAAGAUUUCAAGCAACUCCCCAUCAUCAAGGAAAGCCUUCCUGAUUACGACAGACUAUUAAUCCAUAUGAAAUCAGUUAGGGAAAAGCUCUUGGCCAAGACCGACUGAAUGAACUUGUCACUAUUUCAUAGUUCAGCUUUGAUCAUUAUGUGUAUGUUGUUUUGUUCAUUGUCAUCUUUGGACUAGAACUUUAUUAGUUAUGAGUGGUUUAGAAUCAAGAAAAUAAAAUAAUAGGACACCCUAUUUGUUUUCUCACUAAGUUUAAAGAAAGAAAAGAGUGUAAACAUAAUUGUUGUGUCUAUCUAUUUCAUUCUAUUACAACUGUUUGUUAUAAUUUAAAGAAAGUGCAAACAUAAAACACAACACUUUAUUUCAA